GAGGCGGCGAUGAGGCUCCCGCUGGCUUUCGCCGUGCUCCUCCUGGCCUCGGCGCAGGCGCUGGCCGAGGAGAUGGGCGCCACCGACGACCUCAGCUACUGGUCCGACUGGUCCGACGGCGAGCCGGUGAAGGAGGAGCUGCCGCUGCCCCUGGAGCAUUUCCUGCAGAGGAUGGCCCGGAGACCCCGGCCCCAGCAGUUCUUCGGCCUCAUGGGCAAGCGGGAUGCCGGAUAUGGCCAGAUCUCUCACAAAAGGCAUAAAACAGACUCCUUUGUUGGACUUAUGGGCAAAAGAUCUUUAAAUUCUGGAUCCUCUGAAAGGAGCAUAGCACAGAAUUACGAACGGAGGCGUAAAUGAGACAUUCCUGUGCAGUAUUUAUUAAACUUCAUUUGUUCCAAUGGCCAAUGCAGUGUAAUAUAAACUAACCACUGUACGAAAUAUUUAUUUAAUAAUAACCGAUGGGGGUUUUUUUGAGUUGUACAUUCAAUAAAAUGAUUAUUUUUCAUAUUGUGGCAGUGAUACAUGUUGUGUAGGUGCGUUGUGGUUCUGAAAGGACCAGCAACCCUGGUGACGUCUCCCAACAAAGCACAUCAUUUGAUAUGACCUGUAAAGUUAUGUUCACUAAACAAAGAAAGCAUACUUUUGUUCAUUGAAAGCAAGUCUAUCAGCUUCACAGCCAGUGCAGAACAGAGCUGAUGUACAGUCUAGUGCCUCAAUUUGUUUUCAUGUUUAUAAUGUACUGUAAUUUCCGUAUAAAAAAAUAUAUUUGUAUCAUU